AUGCAUAAGGUCCACUCCUGCCCGUUUGCCUUUGUAGGAGAGGGUACCACUAAUUUAAUGGUUGCGGCAUCUCACGGGAAUAUUUCUGAGCUAGAGAAAAAUCUCGACCAGGCGGGUUCAUACAAUGCCCGUGGCCAGACGGCUCUCAUGCUCGCCGCAGAGCACGGUAAUGAAGAGGCCAUAAAGACCCUUGUUAAGGUAGAGUCGACCUUAGCAGAUUCCAGUGGCCGAACCGCACUUAUGUAUGCCCUAGAUCAUGAUCACUCACGCUGCGCCAAGAUUCUGAUUGAGAAGGAAGCAGGACGGCAAGACGAAGAUGGAGAGACUGCAUUGAUGCUUGCAGUGAAGAAGAACAACUAUAGAUUAGCUCGCCUCCUUGCACGUUGGGAGGGAGGAUAUCAGAACACGCAUGGCAUGACUGCCCUGAUGAUGGCUGUGCAGUCGAACCACUUGGAGAGCACAAAACUGUUACUUCCACUAGAGAUGGGUUGUCAGGAUGAGCGAGGUUGGACAGCCCUUAUGAUGGCAGCGGACGCUGGAAACGUUAUGAGAGUGGGCCUUCUGGCGCGUGCUGAGGCCGGAAUUGUAGAUAAUGCAAAAGAAACUGCACUCAUGAAGGCCGCUCGCAAUGGUCAUAAUAACUGUGUUAGAAUACUGGCUAAGCGGGAGGGCAGAGCGAGAAAUGACAAAGGCUUCACGGCUUUGAUGAUUGCUGCAUCUAUGGGGUAUAGUAGCUGUGUUAAGACGCUGCUUUUUGAAACAGGCCUGAGAAAUACUGUCAAGGAAACAGCCUUGAUUAUAAGCAUUAAAAGCAGACAUGAUGCGUGCGUCGACAUCUUACUACCACAUGAAGGAGAGUUUCCUGAUUCACGAGGAGAGAAUGCCUUGUUUUGGGCUAUAAGAAACAACGAUUUAACAUAUAUAGAUAAAUUGAUAGUUCAUCUCAAAGGACGGCACUCUGCUCAAGGAAAAACAGCGCUGAUGCUUGCAGUUGAGUUGCAUAAUAUCCCUGCCAUCCAAAAGCUCUUGCCGCACGAGGCACGGCUUUGUGACAACAAGGGCCGGUCAGCGCUCAUGUAUGCAGCAGAGCUGGGAAACGCAGUACUAGCUGCGCUGCUUGUGGACCAUGAGGCAAAGAUUCUCGACGUUUACGGUAGAACAGCUCUCAUGCGCGCGAUGAAGCAUGGCUAUAUAGAUUGCUUUCACGCUUUGUUAUCUCACGAAGUUUUAGUAAGAAGUAGCAAAGGACUUUCAGUGCUGGAUCUUUGUCUCAAGUGGGCGCUUGAGGGUGUUAGUGACUUUGAAGAUCUUGAUGAUGAGGCGUUUUCCACUUCUACACUGGACUGCGAUUCUACUGACUCUCUGCCCGUGUCAGGGCCUAAUUUGGCCUACAACGAAAUCGCCACAUCUAAGAUAAAGCUUAUGGAGAACGAUUAUAUCUCCACAUCUACUCCUUGUCUCCAGCUGAGGAUGGACAACAAUGUGGACGAGAGCAACCCCAACAUGGCUCCUUUGAUGCAGAAUAUCUCGUUUAGUAGUAAUUUAACCCCAAAUAGUGAAGUAUUAAGCUUUACUACAGAUAGCAGUGCUGGGCUGGAUAUGCAGCUAGGCCUAACUGACUUGUCCUUUACAUCAGAGCAGCUGCCUGGGAGCCUGCAUCAGUCUCCAGGAUCUUUAAAUGCCCCCAGUACUACUCUGACAGCAUCGGAAAUUAGUAAUGUCGACGCGAACGUCCUUUUGACGCCAGCACAAAUGCACGGCCCAUUCUGUGGAGCUAACCUUUUGUCUCGAGUUACCCCUUCUGACCUACCUGAUACCACACAGUCCUCUUUGCGGUACUCUAGGUUGCCACCUUUGCCUUCAUGUGUGCUGACUCCUGGUCCAGCAGUUCAACCAGUGCCUCAGCCUAAAGACCCAGAGCGGCAGGUUGCUGAUGUCUCCUACGAGUCGUCACAUGAAGCAAAAACACAGAAAAGUAGUGGGAAGCAGUCUUGGUUCAAGCACAAGGUUAAGAGCAUUGGGACGAAGUUGUCCCUGCUCGGGCGAAAAGAGAAGCAAGCAGAGCCUGUAGAAAAAGAGCCGAGACCAUCUGCUGUUAUUCCUGUCAAAAAGGCAGUCGCACUACGCACACCUCGUCACCAAAAGCUUGGCGUGUACACGUCCUCUGAUAGUGAGUCAGAGAACGAUAUAGGCCUCGGAAUCAUAGCGGUAGAGCCAGAAGAUACAGUUCCUUCCAAGAGUAGAAGCCGUCCUUUUUCAUUAAGAUGCGCCACUGACAGGGACGCCACCGCUUCCGGGGUUAUAUGCGUUAGUAGUAUGACCAAUCUCUCGGACUCAUCGUCACUAGCCCGUGUCUCCUCGAGUCACGCACCUGUUGAUGCCAUUGACCGGGGUGGAGUGAGGUUUGGAGAAAUGAACGUGCCGGGAUCUAAACCUAUUAGUCGGAUUUACAGUCUUAGCCGUCUAUCCAAGGCGACUAGAGAUGAUAUUGAUGAAUACAGAACACAGAUCUCCUCGCAUCUAGAUAAGACGGAUCAGCGCCUGGUGCUAACCCCGCGAAAUCCCACCGUAUUGUCUGCAGAGCGUACAAUGCUCAUGGAGUAUGCUAUAAAGGGAGAUAUCACUGGUGUGCAACGGCAUCUUCACGAGCUAGGGGCCAUGUGUACAACGGAUGGAGACAGCUCUGGUGCAACGGCUUUGAUGUUAGCAGUAAUAGAAGACAACGUCAAUGUGAUACCUUAUUUGUUGAACGAGCUAGGAAUUGUCAAUAAGAAGGGCUAUACUGCUCUCAUUUAUGCUGCACAGGACGGUCUAGAAGAAACUGUCCCGCUCCUGCUUUUGGAAGCAGGGAUGAAGAGUCAGACGGGGCGCACCGCUCUUAUUCAGGCAGCGGCGUUCGGCCAGACGCCAAUAUUGCCUUAUCUUAUCCCGUCGGAAGCAGGCAUCUGCACCAAUAAAAGCCAAACGGCCCUAAUGCGUGCGGCACAGAACGGACACUUUAGGUGUGUCGAAAUUUUGAAAGAGAGUUCUAAAGAGAUCAAGCGGGUUGACAAGGACGGCCGGACAGCUCUGUGGAAGGCAGCUUCUGACGGUCACAUUGAAUGCACUGCUAUGCUUGCUCCUUUGGAGUCAAAGAUUGCCGCUAAAGAUGGGACGACUGCUCUCAUUAUGGCUGCAGAACGCGGCCAUACAAUGUGCGCCCGUAUCCUCACUGCUUGGGAGGCCAGACUCACAGACAAAACACAUACGACUGCGUUGAUGUAUGCAGCACGCGCUGGAAACAUCGAGUGUGUGCGACUCCUUGCGCCCCUUGAGCAGCGUAUGCGUCGUGUGGACGGAACAACAGCUCUAAUCGUCUCCAUCCGGGCCCGCAAGCCUGAGUGUACAAAGCUCCUCCUUGCAGAGGCAAAUAUGCGGAGUGGGGCAGGAGAGUCUGUGCUUGCCAUUGCGAAACAGAUGAACAGCAUGGCAUGCCACCAGGUCAUUCUUAGCGCAAAGCACAAUCAACAGGAAUUCACUUCAUAG